AUGGCCUACAAAGCCAAGGUUGUGGCAGGUCUCCUGGCAGGCACCUGUGCCUUCAGCACCAUCGCCCUCAUUCUGAGCAUCGUGAACGUGAAGGAUGUCUUCCUGCCCCCCACCACCAAGUAUGGGCUGGUGUUUGAUGCUGGCUCCACACACAGCUCUCUCUACAUCUACUGCUGGCCUGGGGGCAAGGAGAACGGCACCGGCGUCGUGUCCCAGCUGGAGGUCUGCCGCGUGGAGGGACCUGGCAUCUCCAGCUAUGCAGACAACCCUGCUGGGGCUGGAGCCAGCCUGAAGCCCUGUCUGGACAAGGCCAUGGAGAUUGUUCCUGCUGAGCAGCAGCAGGAGACCCCAACCUACCUGGGGGCCACAGCAGGCAUGCGGCUGCUGAGGGAGCAGAACAGCACCAAGGCUGAGCAGGUGCUGGCUGAGGUUGCCAAGGCCAUCGGGCAGUACCCUGUGGACUUCCGUGGGGCUCGGAUCCUGACGGGGAACGAGGAGGGCUCCUUUGGCUGGGUCACUGUCAACUACCUGCUGGAGACUCUCCUCAAGUUCUCCUUCACAGGCACAUGGAUCCACCCUCCAGCAGAGGAUGUGGUGGGAGCCCUGGACCUCGGUGGGGCUUCAGCCCAGAUCACCUUCCUGCCUGGGACCACCAUAAGUGACAGCAGCACGAGAGCCCUGCUCAGGCUGUAUGGGACCAACUACUCCAUUUACACACACAGCUACCUCUGCUAUGGGCAGAAGCAAGCUCUGAAGAUGCUGAUGGCCUCCCUGCACCAGGGCAACUCAUCAUCCCCCCACAUAUCACACCCCUGCUACCCCAGGGGCUACCAGGAGAACAUCACCGUGGCAGAGCUCUACGACAGUCCCUGUGUGCAGGCACCAAGCACCCCCAGCCCUGCAGAGAGCCUGAGUGUGACAGGGGCAGGGGAGCCAGCAGCCUGCAGUGCUGCCAUCAAGGAGCUCUUCAACUUCAGCUGUGGGGCCAACGAGAGCUGUGGCUUCAACGGGGUCUAUCAGCCCCCCCUGCAGGGAGAGUUCUUCGCCUUCUCUGGGUUCUACUACACCUUUGACUUCCUGAACCUCACCAGCCUGCAGUCUCUGAGCGAUGUCAACUCCACGAUCCAGAACUUCUGCAGGAGGAGCUGGACAGAGCUGCUGGGGACCUACCCAGAGGCCAAGAAGCGCCUACACUCCUACUGUGCCAUGGCAACCUACAUCCUGACCAUGCUGCUGGAAGGGUACAAGUUCGACGAGCAGAGCUGGAACAGCCUCCACUUCAGCCGGCAGGCAGCCAACACAGACAUAGGCUGGACACUGGGCUACAUGCUGAACCUCACCAACAUGAUCCCUGCAGAGGGGCUGGACCACAUCAAGGGCCACCAGCCCAGCCUGUGGGCAGGGGCUGUCUCCUUCAUCGUGCUGGCCAUGCUGACAGGCCUGGUGGCUAUUUGCCUCCAGUACCUCUGGAAAACCAAGUAG